AACAAAAAAAAACAAAAAAAACCAAAAAAAAAAUCCCAACUCUUUUUUCUUUCUUCACUUCACGGCGAUCUCUCUUUCUAUUUAUAACUCCAACUCCGACCAAAGCCGUACUUCUCUUCUUUUGUCGCAAAAUCACGGAAUGGACGACAAUUCAGCUCUAAUUGAAGCUCUUCUCAGAGAAGACGAGGAAAGGGCAGCAGCGAAGAAAACAAAAAACGACGACGUUUACGGAUGGCAAACGGUGUCGUAUCACAAGAAAAACAGGAAGCCCUCCCGCGACGCUGCCGCUGCUAAUGCCGUUAAUGGCAGCCAUCCCAACGGUGAUGAUGUCUUCCGGUCGAUCGGGCAGCAGUCGGAUGACCGGCGCCGGAGGGUUGAGGACGCUCAGAUUGCUGCCUCCGCGGACUCCGCCGGCGCAGGAUCGAAGCGGCAUUCCGACGACAGCGACGAGGAGGUUCCCGCCGCUCAGAAUGGGGCCGAGGAGGCCAAGAAGACGAAGCCGAAGAAGCCGAAGAAGCCAAAGGUGUCCGUGGCGGAGGCGGCGUCCAAGAUCGACGUGGAUGAUCUUGGAGCUUUUCUCGCUGAUAUUACCGAUUCUUAUGAAUCGAGACAAGAUAUUCAACUCAUGCGUUUCGCGGAUUAUUUCGGUCGAGCCUUCGCCGGUGUUAGUGCGGCUCAAUUUCCUUGGUUGAAGACGUUCAAGGAGUCCAAUGUUACCAAACUGGUUGAUAUUCCUCUUUCUCAUAUAUCUGAGAAAGUGUACAAGACAUCGAUUGAUUGGAUCGGCCAGCGAUCUUCUGAUGCCCUUCUGUACUUUAUGAGAUGGUCAUUGGACAGCGUUCUUGAUGACCUUGCAAUUCAUCAAGGAGUUGCCAAGGGAUCCAAAAAGGUAGCCCAACAAGCGCCAUCAAAGUCUCAGGUUGCCAUGUUUGUGGUCUUAGCAAUGUUGUUGCGCCGGAAGCCUGAUGUAUUAAUCAGCUUCCUUCCCAAGAUGAAGGAAAGUCCAAAAUACCAAGGACAAGAUAAGCUUCCACUGACUGUGUGGUUGAUUUCUCAGGCUUCUGUUGGAGAUCUUGCUGUGGGGUUAUACAUGUGGGCUCAUUUUCUCUUGCCUAUGCUGAGUAGCAAGUCAACCUGUAAUCCACAGUCAAGAGAUUUGAUUUUGCAGCUGGUGCAACGAAUUCUCUCAGCACCAAAAGCUCGCAGUAUACUACUGAAUGGUGCUGUCAGAAAGGGGGAGCGCCUUGUACCGCCGUCAGCACUUGACAUCUUGAUGAGAGUCACUUUUCCUUCUCCUUCAUCCCGAGUUAGGGCAACUGAGAGGUUUGAAGCCAUUUAUCCUACUCUAAAAGAGAUCGCCCUUGCUGGUUCCCCCGAAAGCAAAGCAAUGAAGCAAACCGCACAGCAGAUAUUAACCUUUGCAAUCAAAGCUGUUAAAGAAGAUAUAUCGGAUCUGUCAAGAGAAGCAAGUGAUACUUUCAUUUGGUGUUUAACACGAAACCCUGAAUGUUGCAAGCAAUGGGACUUGCUGUAUCUAGAAAAUCUCGAAGCUGGUGUUGUAAUCUUAAAACGUCUGUCUAGUGAUUGGAACGUGCACUCUGCAAAACAUCUUUCUCUUGACCCUUUGAGGGAAACUGUAAAGAGUUUCAGGCAGAAGAAUUCGGAGGAACUGGCAAAGGAUGGAGAUGGUGCACGCCAUGCGUUGUUGAAGGAGGCAGAGAAGUACAGCAGGGUGAUUUUGGGACGAUUAUCCCAAGGGCAUGGAUGCCCUAAGAGCUUAGCGCUCCUGUCCAUCGCCCUUGGAGCUGUUGCUGCUAUUAUGUCCCAAAACCUGCAAUCUUGGGAUCUAAAGUCACUUUCCGACUUGUUAGGUCGACGUUGAAGUUCCUAUGCUUCCUCGUCCAGAGGUUCCCUAGCGGGUGAUGACUCACCAUUUCCAGAGGUUUUUAUCGUGAUCGGCAAAAAUGUCUAUAGCAGUGUGGCUUGAGGAUGAGUUGUGUAAUCUGCAAAUCUUAUUGGGGUUUUAGUGAAAUUUAGGAUUAGGAAUUUAGGACAGAGAGCAGGGGUGUGGGCUUACGAAUCUGGCUUUCCAACACCAAGCCACUCUCUCUCUCUCUCUCUCUCUCUCUCUCUCUCUCUCUCGUUUUGGGGUUUGGUAUCUUUCGUAAUUUUGUUAUUUUUUUUUCAAAAUAAAAAUAAAAAUAAAAAUAGUUUGCCAACUUUGUAACAUUUCUCUACACUAAAGAACUUGGUACAUUUCAAAAGUGACACUGUUGCAGCG